ACCAACCAUGGCAAGCAAUGAUCAAAGCCAGGCACUGUUGGUUGCGGCUUUCGACUUCGGAACCACAUACAGCGGUUAUGCUUUCUCCUUCCGAGACGACCCUCACAAGAUUCAUACAUAUUAGAACUGGUACGCAGGGGGUGGGGCCUCAAGAUUGGUGUCACUGAAAACACCUACAUCUGUCCUUCUGAACCCUAAGGGAGAGUUUGACAAGUUUGGUUUCGAGGCUGAAGACAAGUACGCAAUCCUAGCUGAAGAUGAUGAGCACCACGGCUGGAGGCUUUUCCGGAGGUUUAAGAUGGUUCUGCAUAGUAAUAAGCACUUGACGAAAGACGUUACGGUAGAGGACUUCAGUGGAAAACAGAUGACGGGUUUCCCGCUGUUUGUCGUGUCGAUCAAGUACCUGAGAGAACACCUGCUAAAGGCGGUUACUACGCAAAAUAUAGGAGUCGAGGAGACUGACAUAUUGUACGUGUUGACCGUUCCGGCUAUCUGGGAUGACAAUGCCAAGAUAUUUAUGAGGGAAGCGGCUAUAGAAGCUGGAGUAGACCCAAACCGCCUUAAGCUGGCCUUGGAGCCGGAGUGUGCCUCGAUCUGGUGUGAGACGUUGGGUAUGGACGUCAAAGGCGCUGUAGCGAUUCAAGGAUCACAGUACAUGGUAGUCGAUCUUGUAGGAGGCACCGCAGAUAUAUCUGUCCAUGAAAGAAAACUAGAUAGAACCCUGAAGGAAAUCCACAAAGCCAGUGGAGGCCCGUGGGGAGGCAUGUAUGUGGAUGAAAAUUACAUAAAAAUGUUGAAUGAACUGUUUGGGGAAAAAGCUUUCACUGACCUCCGAAAGACUGAAAUGAAUGAUUAUUUCGACGUCACUCGGGAAUUUGAAUAUAAGAAACGGUCAUUUGACACUGACAAAACAGAGCAGAUAAUUGUUCGUAUUUCCGCCUCGCUGAGAGAUCUUGCGGAAAAGUAUUCAUCCAAAUCUUUAGAGGAACGAAUUGCGUCAUUAAAAGUGCGAGAAAAUGCCAUCACCACCAGAGGCAAAGACAAACUGAAGAUUGAUACAACAGUUGUCCAAUCAUGGUUUAAAAGACCAAUCGACCUGCUGAUUCAGCAUGUAAAGUCCCUUUUAGCUGAACCAAAGAUGAAAAGCGUGCGAACCGUUAUUCUUGUGGGCGGUUUCGGCGAAAGUGCGUAUGUUCAGGAGAGAAUCAGGAAUGAAUUAGCCGGCGUGAGACUGAUCGUUCCUGCAGACGCGGGCCUCGUCGUGUUGAAAGGCGCCGUGAGGUUUGGACAUAACUCCGCCAUUGUCUCCUCCAGGAUCAUGAAAUACACGUAUGGGACAGAAUGCCACGAACCGUUUGACGAAAAGAAGCACCCAGAUGAUAAGAAGGUUCGGCUGAGUGGAGUGUGGUUGGUGCCUAAAUGUUUCAAUGUGUACGUGCGGGUGAACGAGGAGGUGGGCAUGAAUGAACAGUUGACCGGGGUGAGUAAUCCUACUAGUGAAAUAUCCGUCACACCCGUGUACAGAACAACACAGGAGAACCCCGAGUACACAACAGACCCCGGAUGUGAACUAUUAAUGACUAUUGAGCUUGAAAACAGCACCGAUAUUCCAUUUGAGCAGCAGGAUAUAGAGACUACGUUUAUGUUCGGCGAUACAGAACUUCUCGUCAAAAUGAAGAACACGACCACUGGAAAAGAAACAUACAUGACCUUUGAGUGCUUUAAGUGAAACGUUUUGGUGACUUGUAAAACCUUCUCGCAAAUAGUGAUUUCGUAUGUUUUGCAAACUAUAUGAAUAUCUUUAAGUCUGUGUGUGCACAUAUAUUUUUUUGUUUCUAUUUCCAUACCAAAAUGCCUUUCUAUGCAGGAUCAGAAAUGAAAAGAAAUAUUUUGCUAGUAAUCAUAAAUUUUAAACUGAAAGUUAAUAUGAAGGAAACUUGAAUGACUUUAAAUAUACUUUAAUUUUAAAAGUGACAGUUGAAGUGUUUGAACAGAUAAAUGUUUUAUAUCAGAGAUAACAACAAUACCAGUAAUAUUAACACUCUGUAUUUGUACAAAUUAUGCGCCUUUUUCCCGCCAGUUCAUACAUCAAUGAACCCAUAAAAUAAUAUUCAAUUCUUAACACACAACGUCACAUUUCAACAGAACGCAUGUGCCCUGAAUAUAUCAUAUGUUUUGGUCUAUGUCAUGGAAUGGUCAGCGAAAAAUUAGGUUUACUAAACUAGUUUUAAUACAUUCAUCAGUUACAGUAAAUUUAAUCCUUUUCGGAACCAAAAUCAUGGUAUUUACCAUCAAUCAGUGUAAAAUUUUUACACAACGCAAAUUUAGAAUUCUUUUUUUCUGUCUACUUCAAUCUUGUCACUGGUUUUCAUAUUUCAAAUAUAUUAUUUGCCUCCACCACCCAAGAAUACAAUGAAAAAAACUUAUUUGAUAUAUGAAGAACGAAAACAUACUCUACGAUAAAUAAUUUCUCUGUGUAUUUGUGUUGGGGAACGUGUGAAGUUCAUUUUAGUGAGGACGGGCAGCUUGUGUUAUGCAAGCUACUACAGUAACAUAGACAACAGCCAAGGUGGCCGCUUUUUUCCUAACCCAGGCCAUGACUAGUUUUACAAUUUGUAUGAUAACUAUUAAAUUUUAAUAAAAACAUG